AUACAUGUUUUAAUCAUGUUUUUCAAGCUUUGGUUUAUAAUAGAUUUCUAUUUUGUUAUAUACAUUUUUUGCUCCAAUGAGAGUAAUACAUAUGUUGAACAGGUCUAUGCCCAAAGUCUCUAUGGUACCGUGGUCUUGGAUGGUGAUUCCUGGUUGGUUUAUUGGCUGGAUCGUGCAUUGCGUCACGGACUGCGUGUAGAGAGACAUGGAUAUUGGGGUACUGCUAGAGAACUUAGUCAUCAGGACACUGUUGUGGUCAUUCACGCAUUGCAGAGUGUAUUGACUUCUAUCGGAAAAGGUCGAGCAUGGCUCUAUCACACUCUGAGUGAAGGCAGUUUUGAGAGCUAUCUGGGUUGUUUACUGCGAGACACCAAGACGUUAAAAAAACAGUAUUUUUCACACGCACUUGUAAGAGAUGCUGAUAAAACCAACCAACUGGUUAAUCUUCUUGCUGGUCUGGAAAAUGUGUCCUUCACAUUGCAGUUGGAUGUGACGUAUUUAGAUACUUGCAACUAUAUGCCACAGAGGCCUAUGAGCAUAAAUCCAUCAGGAACAGUCUUGUCGUUGCAUCUUAGAUCUUCUAGCGUUUCAUCGAGCCUAGCUUCUCCUGGCGACAGUGGGGUUGCAUUCGACAGUGAUAUGGAUCUUGCAAACGAAACUGAUGGAAGCAGUUACAAAGAGGAGGACUUUUCAAUGGAUGAUAUUCCCAAGUAUCGCAAUAAUAGAUACAAGACAAUUAUUAACAAUCGCAUGGAAGACAAUAAGAAUUUUGGAUCUAGCGACUCCAGCGAAGAUGGUAAAACGCCAAUGCAAUCACCGGCGAUUACUAAAUUUCAAACUGUCAUGAUGACGAAAAAUGAUAUAGUUAACCAGAAUGUAACGCGAAAAUUGGAUGACAAUGAAAUGGAUUGCUCUAGUUUGGAGACUCUCAAAGACUACGACUUUUACAGUAGGAGUCUUGACGAUGCAAAAUCCGAUAAAACAAACAAAAUCGAUAACGGCAAAAGGAGCACUUAUUACAACGAUAGUCCCGCUUACAGUUUUAAGAAAAAUAUAGAUCCUCGUAAUUCUUAUCUAAUCAACAAUGAUACAAAUCUGUUGGAGUUGAGCAUGACAAUCUCCGACUGUGAUAACAUGGAUGCCCCUUAUGGUAUUCUGAACACAAUCAACAUGACCGACACUAGCAUUCUAUCUUCCUCCAGUUCGGAGGCUAUAGUACAACGUAGGCAGCGUAAGAAAAAGCGCGGUGAAAGUAAGAAGCGGGUCAGUUUCCAUGAAGACAUAUUGAAAACAAUGAAGCUCGAGGACGACGAGAAUUAUGCUGAUUUUUCCAUGAGUUUCUUGUUGCCCAGUUCUGUUCUAAAGAGAGACGCUCAGAAAGGCAGAUACAGUUGGUGCGCACACGGAGAUUCACCGUACGUGCAGAAGAACGCCAAUGCCAACAGGAACGUGCACUCAGACUGUUAUUCAUUUUCGUCAUCGUCGUCGAGCGUGUUCGACAGUGACGGAGCUGAUAAACAGGCAUCAUCGAAGCUGUGUAUCGACAUGCCAUGUCAACGUAACUGUAGAUGUAGUUGCGGUUUAUCGUUGUUGGAGCGUGGGGCGCCAGAAGGUCAGGAAGACCCGGCUAAGAGUUUGAGGCCUAAAAUGGAAAUAGAGUUAGAAGAGAACGAGGCCCAAGAGGCAUACAUCGUCGAAAAGGCAUGUGGCAAUAUCGUCGAGGAUCCACCGUCCAAGGUGGAGAUGCCACAAAUGGUAAAUCCGAAGAAAUACGUUAGUUCGAAUGAUUGGUCGGACGCGGAGAGUGUGACAACAUCCGAGCUAGAGGAUCGUAAAAGUAGUAGACACUUAGCUUCACCGUCGAAGAAGCGCAACAUGACGGCGAUACUAACGGGUGAAAGCAGCAGUAAGCUCUUGGCGCCACCUCUGCGUCAGGCUCCAUCGAAAACAUCAUUGUUGAGUAGAUUUCUAAGAUCGAUCACCGAGAGGAAGUUUGAAAUUAAGAAGAACAAGAAACCGCCCAAGGCAAAUACUUUAUACAUCAAAGGAAUCAAGACGAGCUACGACUCUUUCAAAGAUUUUAACGAUAAUCUUGACAAAGAGAUUCAGGAGAACGUAGCCGCUGAGAAACAGGAAUUCAGCGGUGAGAAAGUAAGCCUAAAACUACGCGAACUUUUCAAGAGACAUAUCUAUCGCGACAAAACGGAAGAACUAUAUAAAGUAUACAAAGUGCGAAGUUCGUACAUGACGAACGGCGAAAGUAAGCCGAUGAUCGCGUUAUUGACGAACAAAACACUAUAUUUAACCGGCUCAAAACUGGAUCACUCUUAUAGCAAUCAGUUCGUUAUUCCUUAUAAUGAACUAGAUGUUAUUAUGAUUGGACCGAAUGCACAAAGUAUUUUGAUUUCUAACGCCGAUUGUGAAAUGCAGUAUCUAUUCUCCACUGGCAGCUCGCAAACUACCUCAGAACUAAUCGGCCACUUAGAAAUGGCUAUGCGACGAUCGCCUUCGAAACCGAAACUUCCUGCUGUCAAAGAACUGAAUUACGAGGACAUGCGCAUUCUGAGAAAUUCAAUUCUCAAUGACACAGUUGUGCAUCCUGAUGACAAAAUCGAACAUUAUAGCCUUAUUUAUAUGGAAGAUGAACACAUGUCGCCGCCUAGUACACCGUGUGGGCCAACGAAAGAGGGUGAUCUGAUGUUUCGUCCACAUACCUAUCAACACUUGCAUCCGAACGCACCCACGAAUCCCUGGGAGGCCGGUUAUUUUGUGUUAAAAGGCGGCGUCGUUUAUAUGUUCACGGAUUUGAAUCAACGGCUUCCCAAGCGUGCUAUACCGUUGAAAGGCGGCUUGUGCCAAGGAUGCAGAAGGAUUCCCAACUCGCACCGACCACAUACUUUCGAGAUACUGUUAAAACCCAACAAAUCAUACCAAUUUGCGGCUCCAGAUGAAUAUGUAGCUUCCGAAUGGCUACAGAGUUUUGUUCAAAGCGCAUCGGGUCUAUUCGAUUGUACGGAAAACAGAGAGCCACUACCUUGUAGCCUCAUCACAACUACGAAACAUCUAGUAGCGAUGAAGGAAAUUCACCCUGGCACGCAGAGAGGCCAAACGCUCUCUUGCGCUUCCAUAAAGGAUUUAGCAGCAUUUAGAGUGCCAUUAGUACAGCAAUCAUGGUGCAUAUUAGAAUUUGCAUGUCGAGAAGUGCACGAAAGUAGCGGCGAUUGGGUCAUAUACUUCACAAAUCACACUGAGCUCUGUGUGUUUAAAGAAGUUUUGGAAACAUUAUGGGCGAAUGCAAACUUGGGUGAGUUUCCUAUGGCAACACUUCCACCAGAGGAUAAAUUGCAGCGGCGUUGCUCGGAUGCCAGCAGGGAUUUGGAACUUGCAUGGCGAUACUUGCUACCACCAGCUUUAGAGUAACUGAAAAAUAUACAGACAAUAUACACCAUUACAUUAAAAAGAUUAUUUUAUCAUAUUGCCAUAAAAGAAAAAUAGAAUUCUCGUGACAACGCACGUGAAUAUUCAGAUAACUACAUGAAAAUUGAAACACUAAUAUGUCAUAUAUGGAAGAUAUACUGCUUAUGCAACAUAAUCCAAAUUUCUUUUGCUUUUAUUGCAAAUUAAUGCCAUAUAUCUGUCACUUGAAACUAGAGAUUCUGGAGGGUCUUUACUUGAAACUAGAACAGUUGACGUUAUUUUUAUGGCUUAUAGAUAGAGAAAUAAAUGUCCUUAUUUGGACAUAUGAUACCUGAUAAUAGUAUAAUAUGAUAAUUUUUUAAUUUCAAUAUAUAUGCAAUAUUCUCGCUAUAUUGCGAUGUUGAGAGAGAGAUCGAUCAUUAUUAGAGGGAAAUCUUACAUAUAAGAUAUAUAAGUUGCCUCAAAUAUAUAGAUGACUAUUUAGGGUAGAUGCAAAACAGUGCAUUAUCUUUCUCCUGUAGCAUAAGCAACCACAUAAUAAGCUACUAUUAAUUUAUAAUAACGCAGAAAAUGUAAUAUAACAAUAACUGUGAAACAACACUUGAUUAUUAUAUGAAUGUCUAUAUAUUCACAUAUAUUGAAAAGACAAACCAAUAUGCAUUUGAAUACGCACUAUUGAUAUUAAAGUAGUUACCUAUUAUUGGAGAUACUAUAAAAUUGAAGAAUAUUUCAAGAGCAGCUUUUUGACAAAGAAUAAUACUUCAGAAAUUGCUUCUGAAAUUAAUAAAUGAUUUAACAUUCUUAAUAAACAAAAUUAUAAGUUGAUUAUACUUUUAGCAACAUAUCUUUUUAUAUAUCAUUUUAUGGUAUAUCUUAAAAUUGUAAAAUUUUAACUCCAUAUUUAUUAAUUUAUUAAUACAUUAUUAAUUUUUUUAAUGAAUAGAUGUGAAAUAUGAUAUAUAAAUACAAUAAUUGUGUUAUACGUUUCUAUAUACUAAUUUAAUAUAUAUGUAUUUUUAAAUCAGUGAAAAUGUUGUAAAUUAGAUCAAUUUUUGUUGCAUUAAAAUUAUUAUAUAUUUA